AGCUUCAGAGUUUGUGGGGAAGUUUCUGUCUGAAACUUGUGGAGUUCGUGCGACAUGAUGUAGCUCUGUCCAUGAGCGAAGCUGUGAAACUGUCCACACCGUCAGAAUGUGGAAACCCACCSCCGCCGCGGGACACGGUUCAGCGGGACCUCUCGCCUCCGCAGCCGCGGUCACCUUCCUUCUCGUGACCGGGAUGCUGGUGGUCACAGGAGGCGGACACCCGAAAGAGGACCCGGCCGAGACGAGCUCCAGGGUUUUCUCCGCUUACAUCAGGAGACUCRCCCGGGAGAGGAGAGCGGUGAGCGGCCUCCCGCGGAGCAACACUCCCCCUGCACCGGUGGAGCAUCUCUCCCAGGCCGACCUGUUCAUAGCGGUGAAAACCACCGGGAGGUACCACAGGCCGAGGCUGGAGCUGCUGCUGGACACCUGGAUCUCCAGAAGCACACAGCAGACUUACGUGUUCACUGAUGGAGAGGAUGAGAAGCUGAGGAAAAGGAUGGGCGCACAUCUGAUCAACACUAACUGCUCAGCGGCCCACAAUCGUCAGGCCCUGUCCUGUAAAAUGGCUCUGGAGUACGACACUUUUCUAAGCUCAGGAAAGAAGUGGUUCUGCCACGUUGAUGACGACAACUACCUGAACGUCGGCCCUCUCCUGAAACUCCUGUCCCAGUACAGCCACACGCAGGACCUGUACAUCGGCCGGCCCAGCCUGGAGCGGCCGAUCGAGGCCACAGAGACGCUCGACACCAACGAAAUGAAACAGGUGAGUUUCUGGUUCGCCACAGGAGGAGCAGGGUUCUGUCUGAGCCRAGGCCUUGCUCUAAAGAUGAAGCCCUGGGCAAGCGAUGGUGCUUUCAUGGCCACAGCCGAGCACAUUCGCCUGCCUGACGACUGCACGGUUGGUUACAUCGUGGAGGCGCAGCUCGGCGUGAGCCUGACCCGCUCAGCGUUGUUUCACUCCCAUCUUGAGAACCUGGGACUGGUGUCAGACGUGCAGAAUCAGGCCACUCUCAGCUACGGCACUGUAGGAAACAGCAGGAACACUGUUAAUGUGAAAGGACUGUUUUCUGUCGAAGAAGACCCCACCAGAUUCAGGUCUGUCCAUUGUCUGCUGUACCCAGACACCUCUUGGUGCCCCAGCCUCUGGUGACUCCAACACCCCAACCAGAGACAAAGAAGAAGGUAGAAAACGAUGGAGGGGGRAGAUAGAGUCUCAAAGGAAAUUAUUACACUUUUCUACUGAACUCUGAAGAAAAGCAAGAACAAACAGAUGUAAAUGUUUUUCCUUAUGGCCAACAAUAUUCCUGCUAGUAGCUCUGUUGUAACGGUUUAAACCCUGACCUCUGACCCUUCGCUGAGCUAAUCAUUCUUUUCAUUCUCUACCACGCUUCCUUUUUUUUCAUGCAUUAAAGUUAACAAGUCAGGAUAGGUUACAUGGGACAGUUACAGUGUUAUAGUGAAAUGAAGCAAAUAGGGUUCACACACUAGCUUAGCUUCAUUGGGCAAAGUUCAAAGACAUGAUUAACUUAGGAGUUUUAUCUCCUUGUGGGUCAUUUUACCUCUUCUCAGCAUUUUGGUGUUUUGUUUCUGGUAUUUGCUCCUCAUCAGCUGAAAGAAAGGACAUCAGCUACAGUUUUUUUUUGUGAAGCUAACAUCCUGCUGACUGUAGCUUUUAUGAUUUUAGUCCUAAAUGUAAUGACAUGUUUCUAUGAUACAACAAACAGAUUUCCUUUAUUGUCAUUUAAAGCUCAUACAUUAAGUUUUUUCCUUUGAACUACUCCAGCAGAGCCUCUGCUCCAAAGUCUGUUGCAGUAAAAUGAAAGCCACUCAUUUGAAUUGAGGUGAGUGAAUGAGUUGUCAUCAGGAAUGCAGUUAAAAUGUUUUAGCUGUCCUCUUUAAAGGUUUUCUGAAAAUGACUCAUGUUGAGUUGUGUUCUGUCUCUCCGGUAUCUGGAUUGUAUGUAAACAUAUGUUUAAUAAAAACUCUAAUGAAA